CGUACAAGCUCCGGGCUGGUCGAGGCGCACCGGCGUCGGGGUAGCAGGAGCUGGGGGAGGAGCCGCGGCUCACCGUGGUAACCGCAGCGCCGCGCCCCGCCUUUGCAGGCCUCGGGACUGUCAUCGCCUUGGGGCGUGGGGAGGGCCCCCGAAAUAACCCCGCGGGCCUCUCCCAGCUCCCCCCCCGCCGCCGCCACCAUGCAAGGGGACGACGCCCGGUACCUCAAAAGGAAGGUGAAGGGAGGAAAUAUUGAUGUCCAUCCAUCAGAGAAAGCACUCAUUGUUCAGUAUGAAGUGGAAGCCACCAUUCUCGGAGAAACCGGGGACCCUAUGCUUGGCGAACGGAAAGAAUGUCAGAAAAUCAUCCGUCUGAAAAGUCUCAAUGCCAACACAGAUAUCUCUUCUUUAGCACGGAAGGUGGUUGAGGAGUGUAAACUUAUCCACCCCUCAAAGCUCCAUGAGGUGGAGCAGCUGUUGUACUAUCUGCAGAACCGCCGGGAUUCACUGUCAGGAAAAGAGAAAAAAGAAAAAUCGAGCAAGCCUAAAGACCCACCUCCUUUUGAAGGAAUGGAGAUUGAUGAAGUUGCCAACAUUAACGACAUGGAUGAGUACAUAGAGUUACUGUACGAGGACAUUCCUGAUAAGGUCCGAGGCUCUGCUCUCAUCCUACAACUGGCUCGAAAUCCUGAUAACCUGGAGGAACUACUGCUGAAUGAAACUGCCCUAGGUGCGUUAGCCAGAGUCCUGAGAGAAGACUGGAAGCAAAGUGUUGAAUUAGCAACGAACAUCAUCUACAUCUUCUUCUGCUUUUCCAGUUUUUCCCAGUUCCAUGGCCUCAUCACUCACUAUAAAAUUGGAGCUCUGUGUAUGAAUAUCAUCGAUCAUGAGUUAAAAAGGCAUGAGCUUUGGCAGGAAGAACUUUUGAAGAAGAAGAAAGCUGUUGAUGAAGAUCCUGACAGCCAGCCCUUGAGAAAGGAUUAUGAAAAGACAUUUAAAAAGUACCAGGGGCUUGUAGUGAAACAGGAGCAACUUUUACGAGUUGCUCUUUAUUUGCUUCUGAACCUUGCUGAAGACACUCGCACAGAAUUGAAGAUGAGAAAUAAGAACAUAGUCCAUAUGUUGGUGAAAGCCCUGGAUAGAGAAAACUUUGAGCUGCUUAUUCUAGUUGUCUCAUUCUUGAAGAAACUCAGUAUCUUUAUGGAGAACAAGAAUGACAUGGUGGAAAUGGACAUUGUUGACAAACUGGUCAAGAUGAUCCCAUGUGAGCAUGAAGAUCUGCUGAAUAUCACCCUCCGGCUCCUGCUCAACCUGUCCUUUGACACAGGGCUGAGGAACAAGAUGGUACAAGUUGGGCUACUCCCCAAACUCACUGCCCUCCUAGGCAAUGAGAAUUACAAACAAAUAGCCAUGUGCGUUCUUUAUCACAUAAGCAUGGAUGACCGCUUCAAAUCAAUGUUUGCCUACACAGACUGCAUACCCCAGUUAAUGAAGAUGCUUUUUGAAUGUUCGGAUGAACGAAUUGACUUGGAACUCAUUUCUUUCUGCAUUAAUCUUGCUGCUAACAAAAGGAAUGUACAGCUUAUCUGCGAAGGAAAUGGGCUGAAGAUGCUCAUGAAGAGAGCCCUCAAGUUCAAGGAUCCAUUGCUGAUGAAAAUGAUCAGGAAUGUUUCCCAGCAUGAUGGACCCACUAAAAAUUUAUUUAUUGAUUAUGUUGGGGACCUGGCCGCCCAGAUCUCAAAUGAUGAAGAGGAGGAGUUUGUGAUAGAAUGUUUGGGAACCUUGGCAAACCUCACCAUUCCAGACUUGGACUGGGAGUUGGUCCUUAAGGAGUAUAAGCUGGUCCCAUACCUCAAGGAUAAACUGAAGCCAGGAGGUGCUGAGGAUGACCUGGUGUUGGAAGUGGUUAUAAUGAUUGGAACUGUGUCUAUGGAUGACUCGUGUGCUGCGCUGCUGGCAAAAUCGGGCAUCAUACCCGCGCUCAUCGAGCUGCUCAAUGCUCAACAAGAAGAUGAUGAGUUUGUGUGUCAGAUAAUCUAUGUCUUCUACCAGAUGGUUUUCCAUCAGGCCACGAGAGAUGUCAUCAUCAAGGAGACGCAGGCCCCCGCAUAUCUCAUAGAUCUGAUGCAUGAUAAAAACAAUGAGAUCCGGAAGGUCUGUGACAAUACAUUAGACAUCAUAGCGGAGUACGAUGAGGAGUGGGCCAGGAAGAUACAGAGCGAGAAGUUUCGCUGGCACAACUCCCAGUGGUUGGAGAUGGUGGAGUCCCGCCAGGUGGAUGAGAGCGAACAGUAUCUGUAUGGGGAUGACCGCAUUGAGCCGUACAUCCACGAGGGCGAUCUUCUCGAAAGACCCGACCUGUUUUACAGCUCAGAUGGACUGAUCGCCUCAGAAGGAGCCAUCAGCCCAGAUUUCUUCAACAACUAUCACCUUCAGAACGGGGAUGGCAUCAGCCAGCACUCCUUUCCUGGCAGCACUUUCCAUCCAAGGAUGCCAAAGAGCUUUGCCGCUAUGCACUAACUAGCCUGGCCGGCCCCAGCCUCGGAGUGGACGGCUUUAGCUCUCCAGUUGGCAUCCUCGGUCGCCCCGCCACUGCCUAUGGAUUUCGCCCCGAUGAGCCCUACUACUACGGUUUUGGGUCUCGGUAAUGCCCCCUCCUUGGGCAUGCCCACUCACCUGUGAGAACUCGGCUGCUCUAAGCCUCCCAAUGCAUGUAUCUUUCCGUCUGUCCUCCACCCCACCUUGGGUCUGUGUCUUCCUUCCCACGGUGUGAACUGCAGGUGAGCUUCCGCCUCUCCUCCCUCUACAAGUCAAAAGGCUUGACAUGCCCCGCCAUUCCCCCCAACUCCCGCGACCCCCCCCCCCCACAUUCACUGGAAAACUACUCUACAUUAUGUCUGUGACAUGACUUGUUAAAUUGCAAUUAAUGAGAAGCAAAAAACGUGACUAGAUGA